CUGGAUCCCGGCUGCAAUGUCGGCCCCCCCCUUCGCCAUCAACCACCGCCUGUGCCUGGUGGUCUACGCCGGCGCCUUCACCCUGGGGCUGCCCCUCAACCUGGUGGCCCUGGUGGCCCUGGGGGUGGCGGCGCGGCGCCGGCGCCUGCUGCCCACUGACGUCCUCCUCCUCAACCUGACCGUGGCCGACCUGGCGCUGGUGGCCUCCCUGCCUGUCCGCAUGGCUGAGGCUGCCUGGGAGGCCACCUGGAAGCUGCCCCCGGCCCUCUGCCCGCUCUUUGUCUUCCUCUUCUUCACCAGCAUCUACCUCACCACCCUCUCCCUCACUGCCCUCAGUGUCGACCGCUACCUCAGCGCUGCCUUCCCCGUCCAGUACCGCCAGCGCCGGCGUGCAGCCCACGCUGCCGUGGCUGCCGCUGGCUCCUGGGCAGCUGCCUUGGGCCACUGCAGUGUGGUCUAUGUGGCUCGGCCCGGCGCGGCGGGCAACGGCACGGCCUGCUACACCCGCUUCGCUGGCCCGCAGCUGGCCACCUUGCUGGCCCUCCGCCUGGAGAUCUUCCUGGUGCUCUUCUGCCUGCCCCUGGCCAUCACCGCCUUCUGCUAUGGCCGCCUGGUCUGCAUCGUGGCUGCCCUCCCCACCGCCGCCCUGGGCAGGAAGCGGCGGGUGGUGGCCCUGGCGGCUGCCACCAUGGCGGCCUUCAUCCUCUGCUUUGCCCCCUUCAACGUCUCUCAUGUGGUGGGGUACCUACGGCAGGAGAACCCACCCUGGAGGGCCUAUGCCGUGCUGCUCACCACCCUCAAUGCCUGCCUCGACCCCCUCAUCUUCUGCUUCUCCUCCGCCGCCCUGCGACGGGGCCUCCGGCAAGUCUGGGAUGCGAUGGGGCUCGGUUCGCUCCGGGCCAGGUGCCGGGCACCCUCUGAGCGAAGCGGGGGUCUUCCUGGGGGGGCUGGAGGCGAGGCAUUGGGCUUGUUGGCGUGUCUGGGGGUCGGUGGUGCUGAGCUGGAGGCAUCUCAGGGGGCUUCAGGCCUAAGAGAGCCCCAAGGCAGGGCUUUGGAGGCUUGGGGCAGCUGUGGGGGUCCCCAGACAUCUGGGGAUGGGCUUGGGGGUGACAAGGGGCAGAGCCAGGCUGGAGCUUCUGGGGUGGCCGUGGGUCCUUGGGCUGGGCUCUGUGACCUGGGUUGAGUCAGCCCCUUCCAUCCU